AUGUCUUGUCAACUACUCAAACUCGCGCGUGCCCAGUCGCCCGAAAAGCUCAUCAAAAUGGCUUUCGAAGUUCUUCCCAAGCGCACUUUACAAGCUGUCUUCGGCACAUUACACCCGAAACAACAUCGCAUCUUGGAGCAACAGCGUCGUCGCAAAGUGUCUCUGGACUGUCUAGCAGACACACUAUACUACCACCAGGGCGCCCAACUCUCUCGCCUCGGGCGCUGGAACGACAUGACGAUACUGCAGAUGCAGCAUGAACUCGCCAAAAGGGGCAAGCUCGAGGAGGGCGAAGCGACGACCCUAAGCGAAUGGAAAUUGAGACUACGCCUGGUCUGCCUCGUGACAGCAGAGAACGAGGCAUGGAGAAAGGCUGCAAGCGCAAGGCUCGAGAAGCGGACCGAGAACAAGAAAGCAUGGAUUCCUGUCCCGCGCGAAAUGGACUUCCUCUCUAUCAUCGCUGAGGCCAAGGGCGAGAAAGCCCCCGUCAAGAAGGAUACUCUCAAGUUCAAGACAGCGCCUGCGCCAAAGCACAAGACCGCGAAGGCUACAUCAACUGCGUCACUGGCGUCCAAAGGCGCAAAGCGCUCUCCUAUCAAACACUCCUCUCCUGUCGCCAACGAGCUCAGCCCUCGUUCUCCGAAGCCUGCGCGAAAGCGAGCAACUGUGAGGCGUACAUCGACUGCGUCACCAGCGUUUAGAGUCGAGAAGCACACUGUUGCCAAACACUCCACCCUUAUCGCCAAAGUGCCCUGCCGUCGCCUGCCGACUCCUGUACAGAGUAGCCCUGGUCCAGAGGAAGCUGCACCGCAUCGUCCCCUGCCCAAACCAGCUACUAUCGUUCGUGAUGCCAACCACUCUGCGAAGUCCGUUGGUGACACCAUCGCUGAGUUGCUAGCUCCAUAUCCCCUGGCUGGCAAACAAGCUGCUGAGCGUGACGCUCGUGAGAAGGCUGCUCAACAACUGGCUCGCCAAGUGCGUCGUCAAGCACCUCGUCGUCGCCAGCCUGCUGUGUUGAAGGCCGAUGAACAAAAGACUUCUCACCAUCAACAGCGACAAGUUUUCAAGCCUCCCAAGCCAUUUGCGCCCAAGGAAGAGAGGCGACCAAAGCGACAGAGCGAGGCCUCGUACGAGAACAUGAGCCAAGGUGACCUCCUGAACGAGGCGCAGUUCCGUACGCUCGAGCUGGAUUUCGACGAAAAGGAGUACCUCGUCGAAGUACUGGUCAUCAAUGACAAGGCAUACUUCGAAUUGAUGGAGAUGCUUGGCGAUCCUCUUGAAGCUGUGGAGUUCGCCCUGGGCGAAGUCAAGCAGCACAACAAGGAGAAGAGACAGGAGCGAGCAGCGAAAGCAAAAGCAGCAGUAGAGAGGACUAAACGCGAACGAAAAGAAGCGCUUAAAGUACAACAGCAAACUAAGCGCGAGGUUCAGGAGAAGAAGCGACAAGAAGAACGUGAGAAGACUGGCAAACUAACUCCCAAGAAGAAGAAAGUCGAGGAGAAGGUCAAGGAGAAGGUCAAGGAGAAGAAAAACGCUGUUGAGGCCCCAAAGCAAGAGCGGAAGCGGAAGCGAAAGAUCAGCCAGGGUGCUGACGACUCUGGUUAUUUCAGCAAGUCCUCAUCCCCUCCUAAAAUCGGCAGGAAAGACGACGAGGCUUCACUCAAAGGCAACAAGCGUGCACGCUCCAACGAUGACGACGACGACGACGAAGACAAGACGCCCACCAAGAAGGCUAAGUCCUCGAAACCUCACCAACCUUCUGUGGCGUCUCGCACGAUCAAGCCCAAGCGCAAACCAGCAGCCCUUCCACGAGCGAUGCAGGCUGACGCCAACAAGACAUCAUCAGGGAAAGACAAGGAUGUUGAGAUGAGCGAUCAGGUCGACUCAGAUGUCCUUGUACCUGCAAAGCCACCUCGUUACUUCCAAGGCCUGAUCGUUGGCGCUCUGCAGCAAGGUUGA